GUGUAACACCGCACAUCAUUUAGGUAUUGAAAGGGUGUAUAUUCCUAGAAGACUACUUUAAAAUGCAUCGAUGAUGCAAUUUAUUUUUAAAAUAAAUCAAUUUUGCCGUCGUUGCUUUUCAAGUGAAUAUGGUAGCGUGAAACGCAAUAUACCCCUGAAUAUUGAUUUUGACACUGGGAGGUAUCGUCCACCUAUUUCAAAGCCAUUGCUUCCAACUCCUUUGACACAGGAGGCCAAUAAUCGUAUCUUAAGGGAGGUAGGAAUUCAUGAACCUCUGGCAAAAUGCCGUGUUGUUGAGCAACUUUCAAUUCGCCGCGUGAAGUUUGGCGGCAGAAAUUCCACGGGACGUAUAACUACUCGGCACCGUGGCGGUGGUCAUAUUCAGCGCCUACGGUUUAUAGACUUUAAACGUCAACGCAAAGAUGUUCCUGCUACUAUUUUGAGAAUUGAAUACGAUCCUACACGCAGUGCACAUGUAGCAUUAUUACAAUAUUCGGAUGGAGUUCUGAGUUACAUUCUAUGCCCAGCCGGCGUGCGUCCGGGCCAAAUAUUGUUGGCCAGUGCAAGUGCUCCGAUAGAACCUGGUAAUUGUCUACCGCUUCGUCACAUACCAGUAAAUUCAAUCGUCCACAAUGUAGAGCUUCGUCCCGGUGCAGGAGGACAAAUCGCCAGGGCAGGGGGAACUUAUGUUACUAUAGUUGAAAAGGAUGAGAUGUUCGCCACUUUGCGUAUGGCAUCUACUGAAUUAAGAAGAUUUCCUCUUGAUUGCUGGGCCACUCUGGGUCAGGUUUCUAACAUAGAGCACAACAAACGCAUACUGAAGAAGGCUGGGACAAGAAGGAAUCUGGGAUGGCGACCGUCAGUGAGGGGUAUAGCAAUGAAUCCAAAUGCACAUCCACACGGCGGUGGGAACAAUAAGAGUGGCACAAAGCGGCCGAAAUGUUCCGUUUGGGGUGUUUGUCGGUCUGGUCUGAAGACAAGAAGUAAACAGAAACACCUUGGAUUCAUCGUAAAACGAAAACUCUGCGGAAGACUGAUGAAGAAAUAUGGUAUUUCUAAAAAUACGUGAGCAGAAAUUAGUCAAAACGUUCAAUCGAAUGGUAUGAACUUGAACCGUGGCAACUAGUCAGUCAACGAAAUGAUAUA